CAUCAUUCGACAAAGAGUCUAAGGCUGUCUAAGGUCAAUGACCCUAACAACCGCAGUGAAUGUUUUCUGUCGCAUUGAAGGCGCCAAUAUUUGCCGUUAGCGCCGGAGUCUUUGCGGCAUGAUUCCCGUUUGAGUGGAUGCACAAGGAGGCGCAUUUUCCUUUUCAUUAUUCGGUUACAGGAUCGAAGUACACAGGACAUCCAACUGGACCGACUUGGAAAAGAUUUGCUAUCAAGCCUCAGAUCUUGGGGCAGAGAGCGUACGUCGUAUGCCGUGCGGCCAGGCCAUACCAGCAGAGUUCGGAGGUUUCAAACUACAAGAGCAAUUGAUGUCCAUCACGAUGUCCAUCAAUUCAUCUUCCCCUCCAAGUUGUUCUGGACCCCGAUACAUUGUGACUGUCGGUCUCGAAGGUGUUCUCACCGUUCUGUGUCAUCGAAAGCACUCUGCUUCCAAACAGAUCUUUCACUUUAUCUCUCUCUCCCUUUCUGCCACGUGUAUCCCACGAGCAGUACACGAACCAAUUGAGACCGCCUCACCGAACCUUAACGAUCAUGAUCCUUCGCCUCGCACUCAGUGGCAACUUAUAAUGCUCUUCUCGUGAGGCUCGCUUGUCUUUCCAGCCCUGUUCAAGCUUUCAUCGUAUACGCUGUCCAUGACCACCCAGGGUCGAUUCUACGAACACUUGACAAGUCCCGCAUCGCCAUUGAGACCGAAGACAACCGAUCCUUACCAUCCUGAACCCGGCGAAUCAUCCAAGAUCGGCGACAAAGAAGAUGUCCCUCGGCCUUCGUCGCGCGCUCAUGGCCAUCGGUCACGCACGAGUAGUUCCAUAUCCAAUCUGCUCCUGGUCACAACUGAACGUCUACGGUCUGAAGCCAGACGCGCUAAAGAGCUGGAGCUCCAGUGCUCCGAUCUACUGGCGCAUCUUCGAACACUGGUUGAAGAUCGGGACAAGUCCAGGCGUGAGCUAGCAGCAGUGCGACAAGAAUUAGAGAUGUACAAGUGCCAGCUCGAUAUUGCACAGAAAGAGAUCUUCCGGGCGCAGAAAAUCGUGGAUGAGGUGGAGAGGGCGAGGGCCGAUGCUGAGGAACAGGCGGCUCAACAUGAGUCACUUGCCAGGAAGUUGGCGUCGGAGCGAGCAAUCUGGGUUGCCAGAGAAGAGGGCAGAGACGAAGGGUACCGGCAGGGCUUGAAGGAGGCUCGCCGAUGGGCGGACGCUCCAGCAAUCGUCGAAGGCUCCUCUUUGACAUCUACGCAUUCCAACCAACCUGCGUCGAUCAAAUCGACAUCGUCUAUAAUCUCUCGCCCUCCAGUUCCGGUGGUACCCAGCAAUCACGAGGUUCUCUCACGUCUGGAAUCACAAGCAGCAGACAGGCCUCAAGCCGCACCGGGUCCCUCCAGAAGGUCUGCUCGUUCAACGACGUCAAGACCUGAUAUCAAACGAUCUCGACCUCUUCCUGAGACCCCGACUGCGUUUCCAAGUCAUAAUGACGCAGUUUCUGAGAGAGCAGCGAGUACUCGUGCUCCGAGCAGGGCCAGGUCCCGGCGAUCUAGUCAUCCCACCCUUCCUGAUGGAUUCAUCCCAACUGUCGGACCGGACUUGAUAUUAUCGUUACCGCCACCACAUGUUUUGAGCCGACCGGCAACUGAGAGAUCGGAGGAUGAAGAUUCCGAAACAUCUACGCGGGACGGCCGGCGGCGGGCCAGUUCAAAUGUGUCAACCUCCUUUUCACACUACGACGUUCUCAGUCAGCCCAACUUAGCUGAACACCAACGGAGAGCGGAAACCGUGCCGCUGGGAGCAGUUCAGAUCGAAAGACACCGGCCGCGCGAGAUCGUGCUUCCGAUCGAUUUAGGACGGCUUCCGUUGCCUAUGAUUGGGCCGCCAGUGACACACCUCAUAUCAGACGAUAACCGGGGGAGAACACUUUUCUCUUGGAUGCGCAGUCAUCGUAGUAGGUCGUCGAGCGUCCCAGCCAUCCACGUGGAACCUCCAUCUCAUUCUGCUUCGACCCCAUCCACAGGGCAGACAAUGAAUACAAUCCUCCUUGCUGCGGAUGGUGCCGCAGAGUCGGCGACAAUGAACGAUAGUUUCACGGGGCAAGAACUGGCUAUUAGCCAGUCGAGGUGUCCUCCCGGGCUGAUUCCCCCCAGUCCUGUACUAACAAACGUGCACUCGGUCGAGUUCAAUGCGAGUCCAGGCCCUCCUGCUUAUACAGCACGUGAGGACAACGUGUCCGCACUGGGCCCCUGAUCGCUGAUCCGCCUUCUGGAAGGUCGGCGACUGCCCAGUCGCGACCGACGUCGGACAAUGAAUCGUCCGUUUCUUGGACACGUACGUCGUCUGCUUCGUUGUGUGGAAUCAUAUGCCCUUGAGCCAUGCUUUUUGUUCCCUAUAUAUGUAACACCACAGCCAUUUCCUUUCGCAGUUCAGCGCCGUGUGUUUAGUAAUUCCUACGUGACAACACGUACACUGCACUCUCUUCCCAUACGUGUCACUUUCUGAGCACCUCAGACUCGCAGUAGAUGGAAUGACCACGUUCGUCUAUACAUCUCCGUGUGGGAGAGUUCAUCUCGCGAGGCGAAGAAUCUGCAACGUCACGAAAAGUUGGGGUCACAAAUCAAACCUUUCUUUCUUACUUCCACCACCAACUCAACCGGUCUUUCGCUGGUCGAUUCACACUCGUCCAGGUUCUCCCCCCGUCAAGGCUUAUCGCAUUUCGGACACCCAUGGCUCUCUCAGCCGCCGACCUCCAACGGAGGCACCACCUAGAAGGCGCUCCGGACCCAUUCCCCAGCUUGCAUGAACCGUCUGCCCCCAAGGCUCGUCAGCAGCGCACAGAGGAACUGGACACAGACUCUCAAACCGCUUUCCCGUCUUUGGCUCCCUCUACGGCCCCCGUCUCUGCCCCAGCCAAAUCGGCAUGGGCUGCGCGUCCCAAGCCUGUCAUCAAGCAAGUCCCGAUUUUUGCGGACUCGUUCACCAUCGGCUCGAUGGACCUUUCGAACAGCGGCAAGGACGGCAAGUCUGCCUCGCUUGGUGAGGUUCUGAAGCAGAUCAUGGGGAAGUACAACAAAGUCCGCGUCGAGGCUUCGACCAAUCAGAAGACCCGGCAGACCACUUUCCAUAUGAAGGCGGAUUCGCAAAAGGAGCUCGACAAGGCUAAACGGAGCCUGCUGGCGUUGCUCAGCCCGGUGGUUACUCUGACCCUUAACGCGCCUGCAUCUACUAUUGCGACGAUCAUUGGCCCCAAAGGUGCCACGCUCAAGCAGAUUCGUGAUCAAACCGGUGUUCAGGUCGACAUACCCCCUCGCAACACGGCUACUAUUAAUGGGAACGGACACAUUAACGAGGAUGAAGACGAGGAGCCGACGGUCCCCAUCACUCUUACUGGCCCACAGCCCCUGGCCGAGGAAGCGCAGGCUCUGAUUAAUCAAGUUAUCUCGACGAAGACUUCCAAGACUACCCAACGAGUUCGGGACAUCCCUGCGCACAUCCUUCCGUUUGUCACCUCUCGCCGAGCUGAGUUUGAGGCCUUCGCUGGCCCCGGUCAAGAGCUCAAGUUCACGCUUGCUGGCCGCGACCUGACGAUCAGCGGUGACCGCGAGCCGGUUGUGCGCGUUGUUGAGGCUAUCAAGGGUGCCAUCGUUGAAUACGGCAGCAGUCUCACGUCACUGAAGAUCCAGUUGCCGAAGCGUCAGCAUCGACUGCUCAUCGGCAAGACCGUUGGUGAAAUCGUCAAGGAGACUCGCUGCGUUGUCUCGGUCGCCAAACCCGAGGAGCAGAGCGACGAAGUGACCGUAUGGGGCGCGAGCGCUGAUCUGGCUGCCGGUCUCGGCGCAGUCAUGAGCAAGGCUAACUCGCAGUACAUCCACGAGUUCCCGCUUCCUGGUCCGACUGCGCUUUCGAAGCAGUUGCUUACGUAUAUGAUCCGGAUCAACUACCCGAAGACGCUGAGUGCUGCGCACCCUGGCGUCACCGUCUAUACUCCCGAGCCCAGCGUCGUCGACAAAGCCUCGAUUCUCAAUAUUGACCUCAUCGGAAACAAGGCUGACGUCGAUGAGGCUGUCCGACAGGUCUCAGGACUGAUCGGCAAGCUCAUCGGUGCUACUCGGGAGGUGCAGCUUGACUGGCUGCUUCAUCGCGUGAUCACGGGCAAGAACGCUAAGAAGCUGAAGCAGUUCCACGACGUGCAGAAUGUUCAGGUCUUUUUCCCGCCCGAGACUGCUGAACAGUCUUCUGUUCUGUUGGUCUAUGAUCCGCUUUCGGCGAAGGCAUCUCCUCUCCCGGACGACAAGAACAAAAGUCUGGAGGAAGUCGCGAAAGAGAUUCUCAAGUUCGCCAAGGACGCCGCUGAUGUCAAGAGUGAGACGAUUCCUGUCGAAAAACGCUGGCACGAAGCUGUCGUUGGCAGAGGCGGAACGACUCUCAACGCCAUCAUUGGCGAGGACAAGGCCCUGUCGAUCAAGGUUGGUGCGGACGCUCAAGACCCGUCGGGUGAAGACGUCAUCGUCCUGCGCGGUGCCGCUGGCGACGUCGAACGCGCCAUCAAGGAGAUUACUGCCAUCGUCGAGAGUGCCAAAAACGAUGAGAUCGUCAGCAGCUUCUCUACGGACUUUGACAUUGAACGGGAAUAUGUUGGUCGGAUUGUCGGUGCUCAGGGUGCAGGAGUGAACAAGCUCCGGGAUGUCCUGGGUGUCAAAGUGGAUCUGUCGGACGAGGCCGACGAAAAGGAGAAAGAUGUUGCCGGGAAAAAGAAGAAGGCUGCACACUCCAAGUUCACCAAGGUCAAAAUCACCGGUCGGAAGGAAAAUGUCGAAGAGGCCAAAAAGCGCAUUCUGGCACAGGUGGACAGGCUGGCGGACGAAACGUCGGAAGUCCUCAAGAUUCCCAGCCAGUUCCACUCGUCGCUGAUCGGCUCGAGCGGGAAAUAUGCGAUCCGUCUCGAGGAAAAGUACAACGUCAAAAUCACCUUCCCCCGCCAGGCCGACAACGCCGAAGGCAAGACCCGGGAGUCACUCAAGUCCGACGAGGUGCUCGUCAAGGGUGGCAAGAAGGGCGUUGCCCAGGCCAAAGCAGAGCUCAUGGAGGCGUAUGAGUUCGAAAAGGAGUCCAACCAGACGUCAAGCUUCACUGUGCCGAACCGCGCCGUUGCUCGUAUCCUCGGUCGUGGCGGUGCCUCCAUCAAUGAGAUCAAGGACUCGACUGGCGCGCAAAUCGACGUGGACAAGGCUUCGGAAGAAUCUGCGGUCACGACCAUCAGUCUGCGUGGAACCAAGAAGGCUGUUGCCGAGGCCAAGGCUGCGAUCCUAGCGAUCUCAGAGACUGUGACUGAGGAAACGACAGUCGUGCUGACCAUCGAGAGCAAGUUCCACCGCACCCUGAUUGGUGCUGGGGGACAAGGCCUGAAGGAACUCGUCCUGCGCUCCGGUGGACCGUCUGACCCGAAGGUGCAGGCUGGACUGAUCCGGUUCCCCCGUCCCACCGACGCUGCCUCUGAUGAAGUGCGUCUGCGGGGUGAGCCGAAGCUGGUCGCGAAGCUCAAGGCCGAACUGGAAGCGGAGGUUGCCAAGCUUCGUGAUCGCGUGGUGCUCGCUGUCGAGAUUCCCGCCAGCCAGCACCGGGCUCUGAUUGGUCGGGGUGGACAACACCUCAACGAGUUGCAGGACAAGACCGGCACGCAAGUGCAGUUCCCCGGCUCGCGCUCUUACGCACAGGCGGGCGAGCCUGCGAAUGCGGCCGAUCUGAAGGACGUCGACGCUGCCAACAUCGUCAAGGUCUCCGGCUCCCGUGCUGCCUGUGAGAAGGCCAUCGAGCAGCUCAAGGCCUCCGUCAAGCCCACCGUUGCGGAUGGUCCCUCGACGACGGUCGUAGUGCCCCUCAAGUUCGUUCCGGUAAUCUCUCAGCAGGGCCAAUUCUUGCGAAACCUGCGGUCUUCGACGCAAGUACAGGUUGAACAGUCUGUCCUGCCCAAGAAAGCUGUGAGCCAGCCCAAGCCCGCAGGCAACGGAACAGCCCGGAUCGACGAGGCAGAGGCCGACAGCGCGGCUGCCCAGUGGGAUGUGAGCGCCAACUACCAGGAUGCCGAAGCCGGGGACUCGGUCUGGACGCUGCGGGCCAAGGACCAGGCUGGAUUGGAUCGGGCUGAAAAACAGGUCAAGGAAGCCAUUGCCAGUGCCGAGCGGAUGUCGCACGUCGGGUUGCUGACGCUCCCUGACCGGUCCGCCUUCCCGCGCAUCGUCGGCUCCAAGGGCGCGAACGUUCUCCGACUGCGCAACGAGACCGGCGCGGACAUCACCGUCAGCCGCGAGAACAACACGAUCGUCAUCCUCGGCGGUGAGAAGGAGAUCGUUGCCGCCAAAGACGCCAUCUUGCGCAUGACCACGAGCCCUCCCGGUCGUCGCAGCAGGGGCGGCCAAGAUUAAGUAUAAUUCUAAUCAUUCACUAACGGAAUCUGGAGGGAUUAAAUACAUCGUAUAAAUUCUGUUGAUAACAAACCACCUGCGAACCCACCCAACGGUUAUGUAAGCGCGGAACCCCGUACGUACGUGAACCGGGCCGCCACGGAUCUCGUUCUGAGUGUCGUCCAAACUUUGACCCCUUGCUCCUAAUCUGUAAUCCCUUCAUUGUCCACACCGCAAUGGCCUCUGCUGAAGAGGUACCCAACGUCGAUCUCAUCACCCUGACUCGUCAUGUCCUAAGCGAUCAGCUCCGUCUGGGGACGACCGCGACCGGCGAUUUGACCCUCCUCCUGACAGCCAUCCAAGUGACCUCCAAGUUCAUCGCGACGAAUGUCCGUAAAGCGCGUCUGAUCAACCUCGUCGGACUCGCGGGGGAGACGAAUGUGCAGGGCGAAGAGCAGAAGAAACUCGAUGUUCUGUCAAAUGACAUCAUGGUGAACGCAUUGCGUGCGUCCGGGAAGACCGCCGUGCUCGUCUCCGAGGAGCUCGACGACGCGAUCAUCAUCGAGGAGAAGUACCGGGGGAAGUACUGCGUCGUGUUUGACCCGCUGGAUGGCAGCAGCAACAUCGACGCGGGUGUCAACAUCGGGACGAUCUUUGGGAUCUACAAAGUGCGCGAUGGAUCUCUCGGGUCCGUAGAGGACGUCCUCCAGCCCGGCAGUGAGAUGGUCGCCGCCGGAUACACCAUGUAUGGGUCGUCUGCGAACUUGGUGCUCUCGACUGGUUUCGGCGUGAACGGCUAUACGCUGGAUGCGGCUCUGGGAGAAUUCAUUCUGACGCAUCCCGACAUCAAAAUACCGCCGCGGGGCAAGAUCUACUCGUUCAAUGAAGGCAACUCUAUGUACUUCCACCCGCCCGUGAACGCAUAUCUCAAGUCCAUCAAAUACCCCAAUGCCCCGAAGACCCCGUACAGCGCUCGUUACAUUGGAUCCAUGGUCGCUGAUGUCCACCGAACUCUGUUGUACGGGGGCAUCUUCGGCUACCCGGAUGACAAGAAGAGCAAGAGCGGGAAGCUGCGGCUGCUGUAUGAAGCAUUCCCCAUGGCCUUCCUGACCGAGCAGUGCCGGAGGCAUCGCCACCACUGGAACCAAGCGGAUCUUGGACAUUGUUCCGACCAGCAUCCACGAACGAUGUCCCGUUUUCCUGGGAAGCAGGGACGAUGUGCAGGACCUGAUGAAGUUUUAUGCGUCGGAGCAGGCCUGAGCAGAUGAAGAAAGCAGUAAUGAUAAUGUACAAAUCAACAAAUGUGUGCUCUAC